CGUCAUAGAAAUGUAUCCAUAAUUUAAAAAAGUAAUUUGGAAAUCAUAAAAAAUUGCUUAUAUUAAUAUAAAAACGUUAGAAUUAUUUUUGCUGUAUUAGACGGAAUUAUUCCACCCAAAUUCAUAAAAAAAAAACACGCCUGAAAUACGAGCCUGGAUUUUGGGUUUUUAUACUGAAACAUUUGCGGCUAUUUUUUGUUGUGAAGAGCUAAAUGCUUGUCUCUUGCCAAUUAGGCAAUAAAUAAAGUAGAAUGUGACUGGCAUAUGCAAACAAAUGUGCGCAACAUUUGGUAAUUAUUGACAUCAUUUGAGCCAAUUUUAUUUGCUGCUAAUGGGCGUGACAUAAACAAUAAGCCGCAAAUAUAGAUACACAUAUACACACGUAGAUACAUAUAUAUAUAUAUAUAUGUGCAUAUAUCUAGUCCGAUAUGACCAUGAGCCUGUGUUUUUUAUCUCAAAGCCCCUAAACAUGCUACCUUAAUGACUUUUUGUUGUUCUUGUUGUUGUUGUUGUUGGCAGCUCGCAUUACAAAUCAAACAAUUGGCGGCUUGGAGUGUGGGCGCCCUGACAGGAUAUGUUGUUUUGUCCCAUCCUUUUAGCUGGCAAUUAGCGGCCUCUAACGGCGUUUCUAAUUGAUUGAUUGAUUGCUCCAGAGACCCGGCCACACUUAUAACAAGGGAGCGUUCGCAUUUCCAACAGGCGUAGCUCUCUCUCCAUCCCCUAUACAUACAUAUAUAUAUAUAUAUAUAUAUAUGUUUAAAUCUAUAUUGUAUGUGCGACUAAAGGUAGUUAGCUAGUUAGAUCCAUUUGUUGACACUGCGAGCGCUAAAUGGCUCAUCAAUAUUACGCCCAUUUGCCAUAUCAAUAUCUAAAUAAUUUCCAUAUCUGAUAAGCAAAUUGGUUUCAGACACAUCGAACUCGCAGCGCUCACUUUCCAGAGUUGGCAAUCGCGUAUGGCGUUAAGUCCGCCGACUUUUGCCGUAUUAAAUGACAACAGGCAAUACGACUUGUGAUAACAUAUGAAUGCCACUCGACUUAAGUGCUGCUUCUUCUACGAAACUGAUAGAUAGUUGGCAAUUAGCUUGUUGGAUGUGCUUCUGAAUGUUCUAAAGUGCGCAUCUGGCUCUCAAGUUGAAUUUAAUUUCAAUUUACCAAAACUUCAAGUCCACUUUAGGGUUAACUUAUUUACUUAGCCAAGAUGUUCCUUUAACUUAGCUUAAGUAUUUUAGGUUUUAUAAAGUGAUUGUAAAGUCAAUAUUAAAUCUAGCUACUUAAACUAGAAAUUUAAUUGAAAAAUUCUGAAGUAAAGUUUUCCAUACAGCUUUCCAACUUCCUUGACUAAAAUUGAACCGAAUUUCAUGCAGAAUAUACUUUUAAUUAACUUCCAAAUAUUAUUUGUUCCUAUCUUGGAUUCCAGUUUUACUCCAGACACUUUGAUAAUUCAUGAAUUAUUAAAAUCAAGGCAAAAUUUGGCUUUGAACCGAACCGGUUCGUACUAAGAAUUCCAAUUUAUUUUCUACCAUGAAUUACCCCAAGAGCAAUCCAAACCUAGACUCAGUCUAGAAAAACCAAAUAGCUUGUAUCCAAAUUGGAUUUAUCUUACCAAACGCAGUAGAUGCCAAUUUUGAGUAGAAAUCAAAAGUUUCUUCGUUUUCCUUAAUAUUAUAAAUAUCGAUUUCAAAUAAUAUUUUUAAGCAUAUCUCUAUAGAUAUGGACAUUAAAUUUGGUGUACUCAUUUAUUUGGAUACCUCAUUCAGCCUAUAAUAGAAAAGCAAAUUAUUAAUAAACGCAUACAAUCUAUCGGUUAUACGAUUUAUGCCUUAAAUUUAAUAAGGAUCGGAGCAUAAACUUUUUAUAUGGUUCGAGUUUUGCCUGGGCUGGUUUUGGUUAACUGUUUGGGUUAAGGACUCGGCAUAUUGUACAUAAAUAAACUUAAAGUCCGGGCUCGAAGCCGUUUUGCAGUCUUCGUUUUGACAUUAAAAACAAUUUAAAAUAAAUUAAAACAACUUUCGAAAGCGUUAUUAUCAAGCUCUUUGAGGUUUUCUAUUAUCUAUCUAUAAAUUUACUGUACCAACUUCUGUGUCUGUCUGUAUCUGUGUGCCUCCUGUCCCACAUUGUCCGUUGUCAGUUGUCAGUUGUCCGUCGUCCGUCGUCCGUCGUCCGUCGGCGAGCACAGCAUCUCAUCGAAGUUUCGAGCCCUCGUCACAGAUCUUCACCGCCAGCAUCAUUAUUUUGAUUGAGAGCGUGGCGGAUCACAGCUACAGCAGCCAGGCGAUGCUGGUCUGUGGAACGCUGACCGGCUAUCUGAUCAUAUGCAGUGUCCUGAGCAUAGGACACUUGGUGGGCGCCAAACAGGACAAGCGCAUCGAUAUACUCUUCACGGUAGCUGGCUGUGUGCUCUUCGUGUCCACCGGCGCCAUCAUACUCGAUCGCUGGAUGAACUGCUAUGAGAUUGCCAGCGAAAAGAACACCAUCUUGGCCUCGGGCGUGUUGGCCUUUGCCACAGCCGCCAUUUUUAUCGCUGACACAUUCAUCAUAUUUCAUGCCCAAUAAAAGUUGCGGAAGCCAAAGCA